AUGUCUAAUGAACCAGAAAAACCUGAUGAACCUAGACUAUUUAGAUUAGAAGGCAGGAUAAAAUCUUUUGAAAGGACAUGGAACAUAAAUGGUAAGCGUUGUAACUGGCCAUACAGAGUGAUACCCCACCAAGCCAUGGCUAACUUGGGAUUCUACUAUCAUCCCACAUGCAUUGACAACGAUAACACGGUGAAAAAAGACUGCGUUUGUUGCAUAUAUUGUGGACAGCUGACAUACAAUUUUCAUGAUUGUAGGACCAAGCCGUUAGUCUCAACGCUUGGCAGAAUCCUCGAAAAGCACUUGAAUGAGAGCCCCAAUUGUCUUUUAGCUCAGCUCCGACUAGUUUUAAUGCGCUCUAUCACAAAAGAAAAUCGAAUUUCAAUAGAUUGGGCAAAUGCACCUAUUUUUCAACAGCCACACAGCGAUUCUCUGAUAAGGUUUCGGGCUUGGACAUUCAAAAAUAAUUGGCCAUAUCGUGAUUCGCCCUUGAGCCAACUUGCAAUGGCUCAAGCGGGAUUACUACGUUAUGAUCACAAUGUAGGCUAUCCAUCAUUACCUGCAGAGUACAGAGAUGCCACUUAUUGCAUAUAUUGCAAUAAGAUAAUAGGUUCAUGGGAAAAUGAUGAUGAUCCACUAUGGGAGCACUAUCUUUGUUGCAAUGGUGGUAAAUGUUUCUUCUUUGAAACUAUUAAUGAUAUUACAGUUUUGUCAAAGUUGAAUGAUCGAUUUACUAGAGAAAGCACCCAAAUAAUGGGGGCUCCUUUACCUUCCCUAGAUUAUUCAGAGCUUUUAAAAGCUAAAAUAGACAAAUUGGAAGAAAUACUAUCAAGCGAAGAAAUGAAACCGAAGAGAGGAAGGCCUCGAAAAAUAUCAAUAAUUAGUGAAACGCAAGCAGGGGUGCCGAAGAAGAGAGGUCGGCCGCGAAAAGUUUUACCGCCUACUGAUUCUACGGAGGGCAAAGACAACAUAGAACCCAGUUUCGAAAAGAUAAAAAAUGGUUCUCUAGAUGCUGUUCCGGAACUUCUACUUGUUAAACGUAGGCGUGGGCGACCUAGAAAAUCAAGUUCAGCUGCUGCCUUACAAAAUGAACCUAAAAUUGCAAGAAAGGAGGGACAACCAAGAAAGACGGUUUUUUCGAAAAGUUCAAAUGAAGAAUCGUUGUCUUCUUCCUUAGAAGGAACUCCCAAUUCAGAAACUCAACAAGGUGCGGAAGGUGAAAAUCACGGAAGUGGAAGUGAUCAGUCUGAAAAUAGAGUAGAAAGGCAGGCAAGCAUUAGCCAAUAUGAACCACUCGAUGCUUUAAAAUCGACGGAUGAUCUUCACGCAGAGUCUAGCCAUACAUUAAAUUUGAAAAAGGAGGUUGAUUUAACUAAGAAAGAACAUACUGAGAAAGCAGCAGCAACAGUUCCUGUGUCCCCGCGAAAGAAGAUUAGACUCAAAAAGCAUACCAAAAUAAUCAACAACGAAACGGAGUUAACUCCUGAUGAGAGCGACUCAAAUUCCACUAAAAGUAUUGUUCUGAAUUUCAAACCGAAGCAGUCAAAGGAACCUCAGAAGAAUAACCCCAUAAUUGAUGAUAGUUUCGAUGCCUUUAGCUUCAGCAACCAAGGUAACAGUGAAUUCAUUAUUCCAGACAGUGCGUUCACCAUUCAUUCAGCCGGCUUGGAAUCUGGUCAGUUGAGAUCAAAUAGCACUCUUCCUGUAACAACUUCCACCGGAACAGACACAGGUUCCCCUUAUCCCGACAAAACCCCCUCUCCAGAGUUUAAGAGCCAAGGCAACAGCAAUGGGCGUUUAAAUGAUAUUGAUUUGGACAUCAGUAUGAGUGAAGACUCUGAAGAUGAGCAGAGCAUAUCAAACCGAUCAACUCCUCUUCAGAGCCCUUUGAGAGAAGAUGCCAUUUCUUCAUCUAUCACACUUAGUCAAUCAAGUGAAAAGGAUGGCAGAAAUCAGGAGAACACUUCUAAUUCUCGGAAGGCUAGCAUAAAAGACUUCAUUAUUGAUGAUAUUAAUACUACCGGCUCGUCUAGUGCUUCAUCUAACUCAAGGUCACCAAGUAUAGUUCAAACAGCUCACAAAGGUAAUAGCUUACAGCUUAUAAAACCAAUGGAGCAAAAUGGGCAUAUGCGUGAAGCCAACCUGAUUUCUAGGUCGUUCGAAAUUGACUCUAUGAAAGCACAAUUUCAAAGCCAAGAAUCCAAUGAUGGCAUAGAGGGUCUUGUUCUUUCUGAAGAACGUGUAAAUGAGCCUAAUGAAGAAUCUACAUCAAUAUUUGAGUUACCCAAGGAAACUGACCUCAAAGAAGCAUCAAACUUUCUCAACAGGAAUAUAGAAGAAAAAGAUGCUCCUCAUUCAGAUCAGGAUCCGAGGGAUAGCGUCAAAGGAAAGAACGAUGACGAUACUCCUUCUGAGUUUUUUGAUAGGAUUGAUGAGAAACGACUAAUGGUCCAAGAUUAUUUUCAUAAUUUAUUAAAGUAUAUGAACAAAAACCUCGCCACUCUAGCAAAUGAUAAGGAUGGCGAUUUGAAUUUUUUCGUUAACCAUAUGCCUGCUGGCGAAUUGAACAUGACAUACAAAUCUUGGAUAGAUAAGAAAAAAGAGGAGUUAAUGCAAGAAUUUGAUAUUGAGCUAAACAGAAAGCUCGAACGCCUGGAGAACGAGUUUCAAAAAGCAAGAAAACUAAUUAAUAAUAUCGAAGACGACGAUAUUCUUUUAAAAGUAGCCAAACAAUAUUUCAUUCCAAUUGAUAAAUAG